AUGCACUACCCAAAUCAGUCGUGCAGCCGUGCAAUCAUUUUCGUGGAGGGAGCCAAUGGAAUCUUGAACGAUACGCCAAUGUCAAGCUCUACUCCAUGUGCUGAUCUAUAUGCUCCAGCCGCAAUUGUUCCAAUUGGAGUGCCCGGAUAUCGGGUGGUCAAGGAGCCCUCUAAAAGCACGUGGCACAUCUGGCUACACCAAAACGAUGGUAGCAAGCAGCGCGAAUCGGGAUGGCGAAUGAUUGGCCGGGAGCUGCAUGGGAUCAUCUUCUCGGCCUGCUCACGGAGUGGGCGAAGAUGGACUUUUCUGCGCAGCUAUCGAAAUGAGAAGUAG